AUGGCUCUAUCAUUAUUCCGUAUAUACCCACACAUGAUAUGGUCGCCGACAUUUUCACCAAAUCACUCCCACGGAAACUCUUCUGCAAUCAUUGCUACUCUCUCGCUCUUCGUUCACCCACCAACAAAAUCCUUACGGACUAGUUCUACAUGCGUAUCCAGGAAACAUGAAGAUUCGAAAACAGAUGACACAGAGCUAUACCAAAAUGCAGGAAGGAAGGCUUCGAGCCUUCUGGAUACAUUUGGCAUACCUUCUGCAGCCUUCAAGACCGGUCUUCAAUUUGACCGAGGGGGUAAGCGCGACCCAAAACAACCUGAAGAUGUCACCAAUCAGCAUUUGUUACUGUACAAUGGCAUCAUCGACUAUGUUCCCGGUCUUGAGAGCGAGCUCGACCACAUAUCAAGCAAAAAACUCAAUGUGAUCAUUGCAAUGGUAUCGAAGGGUAUGAGUGAUGGCAGAUCCGCAGAUAUGAGCUCUGUCAAGCACAAGGGCCUGCAAUACAUUGGGCUAAAUAUGUAUAGUAAGGCCGAUGCUCUUGACCCGCCAGUUCCAGAAAUCGAGGAUAAGUCAGGUAUUUACCCAGAUUGCUUCCUUUGUAGCUGA